AAAAGAAAAAGAAAAAGAAAAAACUAUAACAAUCGCUCAAGGAGUUGGAGGGAGAAAAGAUAAAGAAGGUUGAAAUAAAGAACAAAAGGACGGUAACGCCGAGAACGUCAGUAAAUUAUCGUUGAAAUUACAUUGAAACGGGCUGUUUAGGUCGUUCGGUCCCCGAUCGGGAGAGAUGUCGAAGGAAAGCGGCAUUACCGAAACCGAAGAUAACCGAACGACGGGUAACGGAGACAGCCGAAGCGGGUGCAGUGCGAAACGUCACGUAGCUGGUGUUGCUAGGCGGCCUGUCGAGGAGCGGUGGAAGGGAAAAAUGAAGGAGGGAGGGGAACGUUAGUAUAGAAGCCGCGUCAUCGUAGAUCGGCAAAUCAGUUGCCUGAGUUCAGCGUGUAAGUACGAGUGUGUUGUGUUUCUGUCACUGUACGGUGAUCGUAGCUUCCAGUGAAAGUUAAAGAGAAAGGAUUGUUGCCGUUGCUGCAGUCGUGCUGUUUGAACGAUCGUCCAAAGUGACCAAAGUGACUUCGCUCGACUGUAAAAAAAAAACUUGUAAAAAGAAAAGGAUCCACACUGAGAAUAGAAAAUCGUCACAAAACUCGCGACAGACAUAUUUCCAACGCUAAAGAAAUAAUCUGGCUGUAGUUACGCGUUACAAGAAGGUCGUGUUGUGACAUUACACAGUCGUUCCGUGUCUAUCUGUGUCUGACUGCGUGUUUUUCACUCUUCACUCCUUCACUUUCUUUGUCUCUCUUUCUUUCUUUCUGUGUGUGUGUACAUAUAUAUGUGUAGGUGCGUGCGCGUGCGCGCUCCUGCCUCUAUUUGUGUGUUACAUCUCAACGAAGAUGGAGGUUUUACCGUGUCCUGUGAAUGUGAAUUUUAAUAACACGAGAGCCGAAAUCGCGGCCGAAGAAUUUGACGGGGCUUGCCAGGCUCUAGCAAAACGAGUGGAAGUUGAACUGAGGAGAGCGAAACACGCGCAGUUAGCAUGCGGGGAAGUUCUGCUGCCAGCUGACCUUUUACCUAGAAUAGCUAAAACUGUACUUAGCAUGGCCGAGAAUGAACCUUGCGGUCUGAGAGGCUGUACCUUGUUCAUUAGUUUUGAGACGGACAGCGUGUGCAGGAAAUUGUCCAAGAUACAAUGCGACCCCAACACAGUGUCCACUUUUGAAAUUUACUUGACUUUGAAACAGGAUCACACGUCUUGGCACAUACUGUUACCUCAAUUUCUGAAAAACUUGACGCGAGGAGGUACCAUUAUGAUCAGCAGAGACUUUACUUUGGAGAAGAAAAAAUUGUACAGAUCGUAUCAACAGCAGGCGCAAUAAACGGAUCCUCCUGCGAUCCAUCUCGAGAGCCAUUGAUUCGAUUGUCUUGAUAAAUGUGAUUAUUCCAAGCUAUUUUCUAGUUAUAAGUAGGCCAUCACGUGUGGCCGUAUUUUUAUUUUCCAUGCAAAGCGAGCGAAAAUCAGUUUCUCUGACGCGCCGUAUAUUUCACGCUUUGCGAUAUAUUUUAUUUAGAGGAGGGCUAGCUAUAACGAAAGGAAGGGAUGUACUGCGAACAGAAUAAAAGCGAAUGUGAAACGAAUGUGAAGAGAAAACAGAAAACGGAAAGGCGGGGAAAGAAGGUGAUGGGAUCUGAAAGGCGCAUUUUGACAAUUGUGAUAAAGUAAAGGGUAAAAAGGAUUCGCCGAUCGUUUCUUCUUUAUGUGAUUUCUAAAUUUUGAAUAUUCCCUGACGUUGUUUGCAAUUCGUUUUGAACACUGUCGUUCUUUCUUAUGCGCGAGAAUUAACAUAUCCGAGAUCAAUCAAUGCCGCAAAUUAGAAUAGCUGUUUGGUGAAUUUGAAAACAUUUUGCGAUGCAAACUUCUAGAUUCGCGUAGGCAGACACAUCCUCUCUUGUGCAAGAGAGAUGCAAACUGUAUCUUCGUUCAACGAAGGAAUGACUCGUAUUGUAUAAGACUUGUAACAGUAGUUCUUCUCCUGCGUUUCUACGUAAACGAUGCGGUAAAAUUAAAAUCAAGUUUUCUUGAUUAGAGUAGCAAGAACAAUAACAGUUAAACUGUGGAAAUAUAGUAAUAAGGAAUAAUAGAUGUAUAGUUUCAAAAGUACCAAUGGACAUUUAAAACUAUUGAAUGCAAACAGAUUUCUAGAGUUCCCUUCUACGAUGUAUGAUGACAUCUUCUUUUGCUUGUAUUAAUCGUCAGUUGAUAUAUAUUUAUGCAUCUAUCCUUUCUAUAUGUAUAGCGUUGUACGUCUUGUUUUUCAAUAUUUCAAUUUCCAGUGUUUCAGUACGAUCUUCUUUCAUGGGAAAUUUUAAAAUUCUUAGGUAUUAUCGAUUGUGACGCAAAAUAUUGCGAUACAUGAAAAAAAAAAAAGAAAAAAAAGAAAAAAUACGAUUGACGCAAAAUACGAAUCCGUACGAUAUUUUAAAGGUUGAUCAUCAUACAUGCAAUAUUCGCGACAUCGACAACGUUGAGAAACAAUUUGUUUGUAAUAUCUUAUCGUCGGUUUAUCAUCAUCAUCGUCAUCCUCAUCCUCAUCGUCGUUUUCUUGUAGAUUCAUGUUAUUUUUAAUAAAAUAUGCUUAAUAUUUACGAAAUUUAAAAACGAUUGUGUUGAAAGAGAAAAGGAAAAAAGUGCGUAGGGUCAUCCGUAUGUGACUUUAUAAGACUGAUCAGCGUUAGAAUUUCAAGAUAAUCUUUGUACGGGUAUCAAAGUAU